AUGGUCUCCGAUAAAAUCCGCCGUCUUGAAAGACGCGCAGAACAACCCUUCCGCUUCAUGGACCUUCCUGGAGAGUUGCGCAACAAGGUAUACGCUUUACUCCUUUGCUCCUUCGGAUCUACCCCGGACCGCGCUAGAGAGCGCAGCGACGCCUUUCUCAACGACCGUUCUGGCUUAUUGCAUGUUGUCGACCUUCUGCACACGAACAACCCAACUAUCCUUCGUACCAAUAGCCAGAUCUAUCGCGAAGCCCACGAUGUCAUGAUCAAGACCAACCGUUUCAUUCGCGUUCGACUCACACAAGCUCUACCCCUUCGAAAGAUCCUUUGCUGUCUGGGUGUUGCGGUAGUCGCGACUGGGCACCGUGCAGCGCAAUCCAGCGGAUAUUUGGUAGACAUAUUUAUGUCGACGUACCCACUCAGCAAAUACCAGGGUCAAUCAUGCGACUCCCGAUCGACUAGUAUAAUCGUUCGUGUCAUCGAUCUUGAGCUGUUCUGCCGUGACUUUAAGAAAGUAGACGCAAUAUCUCCAGUGCUAUCUAAAUAUAUAACAAUGGUCAUCGACGUAGCCCCGAUGCUCGAUCAUAAACGCCCAUGGUAUCGGGACGACUUUGCCACUUUCUUUUCCGAGACCACCCAAAAGGCGAUAUUGAAGCCGUUACUCUUGCUGAGAGAAAUUGCUAGCGUCGAAUUUCGGGGCCCUGUCAUGCCGAAUAUUGCGGUCAAGCUUGGGAACAGCAUGAUAUCCGAUGAGCAUGAAGAUCUUGACCACAGCUUUCAUCUUAUAACGUAG